AAAUCGUUGCGAGGCUUGCUAUCGGUCUCGAUAAGUAAAUCGCAUUUGCUGUUUAUCCUCCGAUGAGUUUUAAUUUGUCGUAAACUAAAAGAUAUUUAGUUAUUCCAGAAGUUUGUAGCUUAUAACAACAAAAUGCCAGAAACUGAACACUUGCCAGAAGGCUGGGAAAAACGCACCAGCCGCUCAACCGGUAUGAGCUACUAUCUCAACGUGCACACAAAGGAGUCCCAGUGGGACCAGCCCACUGAGCCGGCAAAGAAGGCCGGAGGUAAUGCCUCCUCGUCGGAUGGGCCCAAUGAGGUGCAAUGCCUCCACUUGCUGGUCAAACACAAGGGCAGCCGCCGACCGAGCUCGUGGCGCGAGGAGAACAUCACACGCACCAAGGAGGAGGCUCAAAUGCUGCUCGAGAUCUAUCGCAACAAAAUUGUGAACAGCGAGGCCACAUUCGAGGAACUGGCGCGCUCCUAUUCAGACUGCAGUUCGGCCAAACGUGGCGGUGACUUGGGCAAAUUCGGACGCGGUCAAAUGCAAGCGCCCUUUGAGAAGGCCGCCUUCGCUCUGAAGGUGGGACAGCUAUCGGACAUUGUGGACACCGACUCGGGCCUGCACAUCAUUCUGCGCAAAUCAUAAACCUAGACGGAUGAAAAGAUAUAGGCAACUGCAUUAACUCAUUAGAAAUAAAACAAAAUUAAAAAAGGCGCUUGAAUUUAAGAUUCUGUGUUUAUUAUCUCCCAGCAUGAUGCAUUUAAAUGUUACAAAAUGUUUAAGCCGCAGCAGAAGGCGGCUCUGUCUUAAUAUACUGAUUAUAUUCUGCCUGAUCUCUGGGAAUUAAAAAGUAAAUUCUCUUUCGAAAUAAUGUAAA